AUGUACAACACUCAUCGCGGGAUGGUUCCCGCUCCAAACUCACGCCUGACGGAAUUGUUGGAUCAGCUGCGUCAGGAAUUUGAAAACCAGUCCAGAAGUACUGGGGAGUUCGAACAUCAAUUAACUGGUCAGCUUCAGGAAAUGGAAAUGAUCCGGCAGAAAAUCUUUCAGCUGGAACAGACGCAAGUCAAGAUGAAACAAGACUACGAAGCAGAAAUUCGAGUGUUGCGACACGAGCUUGAGUCACGCGGUGUCCAACCUGUCUCAUCGCAUAUCACUGGCCCUGCCCAGCACGCUGGUCCUUCUCAAGCGCCGCCUCCUGCUUUGGGUCACGGGCCCAGCAACCUGUUCGGUGGCAUCAUGACCAAUCAAGGAGGUAGCGGCCCUGGUCUUGCCCCUCCCCCUCCCCAGGAUCAACAGCCUCCCCAGCAUACUCUUCAGCAGCCUGCUGCCGCGGCUCAGCAGGGAGCGCCUCAGCCACCGCAGAGCUCGUUUGGAGGAUAUCAGCCUGGGGCUGCUGUAAAUGGCUAUGGACCGCCUCCCCCACCUGCUGCCUCUCCAGGUCCUGGUAAGCGGCCUCGCGCACCUCCUGGCCCAGCUACGCCUCAGCAAACUCAUCAACUCGCCUACCCUGAUCCGCGUGUCUCCCCGCAACUGGCCCGUCCGACUCCCCCUACUCAGUCGAUUGUCCGUGAUCGUCCUGGAAACAUGCUCGCCAACUGGAAUCCCGAUGAACUACCUGCCUCACAGAAGCGCGAAGGCGCUGAUUGGUAUGCUGUGUUCAAUCCUGAAGUGCAGCGCGUGCUAGACGUCGAACUCGUCCACCAUCUCGUUCAUGACAGCGUCGUCUGCUGUGUUCGCUUUAGCCGAGAUGGCAAAUACCUCGCCACUGGCUGUAAUCGUCAGGCUCAGAUCUACGAUGUUACUACCGGCCAGGUUGUUGCCACGCUGCAGGACGAAACUGUCGACAAGAAUGGCGAUCUGUACAUUCGUAGCGUCUGUUUUAGCCCGGAUGGCAAGUACCUUGCCACUGGUGCCGAAGACAAGCAGAUUCGGGUUUGGGAUAUCAGUUCUCGGACGAUCAAGCACAUUUUCACUGGUCACGAGCAGGACAUCUACUCUCUUGACUUUGCUGGAAAUGGCCGCUACAUCGCUUCCGGCAGUGGGGAUAAGACAGUCCGUCUUUGGGACAUUCUUGAUGGCAAGCUAGUCUACACACUAAGUAUUGAAGAUGGCGUGACUACUGUAGCCAUGUCUCCUGAUGGUCAUUAUGUCGCCGCCGGCUCCUUGGAUAAGAGUGUUCGCGUCUGGGAUACCACCACCGGCUACCUUGUGGAGCGUCUAGAGAACCCUGAUGGGCACAAGGAUAGUGUCUACUCGGUUGCUUUUGCACCCAAUGGUAGAGAUCUAGUCAGUGGCAGUCUUGACAAGACUAUAAAGCUCUGGGAGCUCAAUGUUCCCCGUGGCGCAUACCCUGGCAGUGGAGUCAAGGGUGGGAAAUGCGUCCGUACAUUCGAAGGUCACAAGGAUUUCGUGCUCAGUGUUUGCCUGACCCCCGAUGGUCACUGGGUAAUGAGUGGCUCCAAGGAUAGAGGGGUCCAAUUUUGGGACCCAAUUACCGGCAACGCACAGAUGAUGCUUCAGGGUCACAAGAAUUCAGUUAUCUCGGUUGCUCCUAGUCCCACCAACAACCUGUUCGCUACCGGCAGUGGUGAUAUGCGAGCAAGAAUCUGGAGAUACUCUAACUACACUGGCCGGUGA